UUAAAACAUUUAUGUUGCUUAGUUUAUCACUUGCUGCCAUUAUCGCCUAUGUCUACGCCCAAGUCGCGCCCGGUUCGAAUGCGUAUUUGCCGCCCACGAAAAAUGGCUACGACUAUCCAGAGCCCAAUACGCCAUUUAAACCAGCGCCUGGUCGACCUGGCCCUGCCCCCGGCCCACGCCCACCAGGCCCCAGAAACCCACCCGGUCAACCUGCCGAUGAUCACGAGCACGUGCCCGGCAUGCCAUAUGACUUUGAGUAUGAGGUGAAGGAUCCCGAGACAGCCAACGACUAUGCGCACAAGGCGUCCAGUGACGGCGAUGUGGUAACCGGGGAGUAUCGCGUGCAGUUGCCCGAUGGACGCACCCAGAUUGUGCGCUACACUGCCGACUGGAAGACAGGGUACCAUGCGGAUGUCAGCUACGAGGGAGAGGCCCAAUUCCCACAAGGACCUGCGGGUGGCGCACGUGGUGGUGGCGGCGGCGGCGGUGGCUACAAUUACUAA